GCUGCAGCAUUGCCGAGUGACCGUCUCCGAAUCCCUGCACUAGUCGCGUAAAGAAUAAACUAGGCCGUGGGUUUCUCAUUGAAUUACGACUACAUUUUCAAGAAAAUGACUUCACAUUUACCUAAAACAUGGGGCACAUUUUUUUUUCCAUUUAAGUGUGUUCGUGUAGUUUUAAUGCAGCAAGCUUUGUGGUGUGUCAGCGGGGGUCAGGCGGAAGGAUUUUCUUGUAUAUACUGGCAGCAGCGUUAUAGCGGAGCAACCUCAGACUUCGGGGUUUGCGCUCUGUGGACCACAUCCGGAAUGGAUUUUAGGUUAUGUUUAUCUCUCCCGUGAGAGGAGCCGAGGACUGGGUUUUUUUUCCUGAGGAUGUAUAGCGCCAAUAAUUUCUCGGUGCGGUUGAAUUAUUCGGGAGAAGUCAGGAGCAGCAUGCUGCUCUCUAAACUGGACACACUCUCACACAUGUCGUUCAGCAUGGACCUGCCGGUGAAGCUCCUGCAAGCCAACGCAGAGAAGCAGUCGCUUGAGAAGCAGUACCGGCUGGGUCCGGUUCUCGGCAGUGGGGGAUUCGGUACCGUUUACUCGGCUGUUCGCCUCGCCGAUGGUUUGCCGGUGGCAGUGAAACAUGUGAGCAAGGAUCGGGUGACUGAGUGGGGUUCUCUGUGCGGAGCUUUAAUUCCUUUAGAGAUUGUGCUGCUGAAGAAAGUGAGUGGGACCUUUGCUGGCGUGGUGCAGCUCUUGGAUUGGUGGGAGCAGGCGGAUGGCUGGUUUAUAGCGAUGGAGCACCCCAAGCCAUGUCAGGACCUGUUUGAUUACAUCACAGAGCGUGGCGCUCUUGAUGAGGAGGCAGCACGUGGCUUCUUCCUGCAGGUACUGGAGGCCAUACGUCACUGCUAUGCCUGUGGCGUUGUCCACCGUGAUAUUAAGGACGAGAACCUGCUGGUGGACCUGAGGACCGAGCAGGUCAAACUCAUCGACUUUGGCUCAGGGGCUGUUCUUAAAGACACUGUCUACACAGAGUUUGAUGGGACACGAGUGUACAGUCCUCCAGAGUGGAUCCGAUUCCAUCGAUACUAUGGGCGACCAGCCACCGUCUGGUCACUCGGUGUGCUGCUGUAUGACAUGGUGUGUGGCGACAUCCCCUUUGAACAUGACGAGGAGAUCCUAAUGGGACAGAUCUAUUUCAGGCGGAAAGUCUCCUCAGAGUGCCAGCAGCUGAUUGGCUGGUGUUUGUGCCAGCAGCCGUCCGACCGGCCAACCCUGGAGCAGAUCUUCCUCCACCCUUGGUUGAUGGGCAGCAGGGCUCAGCGAACAGACGAGGCAGCCAUCACACUUCAUGCUGUUAAAGAUAACACCUCCUGCUCCUCCUUGAAUCCAUCUUCCUCCUACUCCCCUCCCAACCAGUAGAAUCUCAUUGGGCAUGGUUUGGACUUGACUGACAGCUGUCCUUCAGUGUCUAUGACUUCAUGUCGGUGGGAGUUGUUCACAGUUGUGGAUGAAGUUUGCUGCUGUGGCACAGCUUUGUGCUGCGUUAAAAGUGCCUUGAAUUUGUUUAUUUAAAGCUGCUAUGGGGAAAGUGUCAUUCAUUGGCAAAAACCAGACUGCAAAGGGAGAGAAUCUCUAGACGUUGAAAAUGAAAACAUUUUUGAACAUCUGGUUAAAUUCUGCUGUGUGCAGCCACAUCAGGGCAAUGGAACAUCUAAUCGUCUGUAAGGCUGCAGGGGAUUUUAAGUCUUCCAGAUAUAUUAAGUUAGUCUGCAAUGUAAAACUUGUUUGUUUGUUUGUUUGUUUGUUUUUUGUUUCUAUGGUUAAACAAUCAUCUGGACAGUCGGUUUUUCAGUUGAUUGGGGGUUUUUUCUCGCAGGGCUGAUUUUACUUAAAAUGUGUCCACAUCCAGUGUGCUUGACAGGGAAUACCCGCAGUCAACCUCAUCUGUUUGUCAGGGUAUAAGAUGCACAGUCAAUGCAAAUAUUGUGUUUUUUAUUUUGAAAACAUGCAUUUUUGUUAUAUGUAUAUACUUUUGUAUGCAUUUAUUGUAUUUUGUUAUCUUCAUUAUUGUUUUUUUUUUAUAUUUUAUUUGUUGACAUUUUGAAAUGUAGAAUCCUGGCAGGAAAGGUUUCUUCAUGGACAUUAUUCCAAUUAAACUUUUUUUAUAUAUAUAUUUUUAUAUAGAAGCAGAUAAUAUUGGUCUCAAUUCUUUUCACUAUACUACACAGCUUUUCCCUGUCACAGCUGCCACCACCAGUACUCUGACUCAGUCUUUCUCUAUUAAUAGCUGUCAAUCAGGGUCAAGGCCCUCAUAAUGUAGGUAUGAUCAGCUUUGAAGAGCAGAACUGUCUACAGGAACAUUUAUGACAAGCCAAAUAUAAUAAUAAGUUUGUUUAAUACUCUACACACAAGCGUGACGGCCAGCAGUAAUGUUGGCCACUCAUGUAGGUUAUGUUGUACGGCUCUGCAGAAACAUGUAGUCAUGUAAAAAUAUGGCAACUGUUUUACUUUGCGUGCUGGAAAGCUAAAAGUUGACAACUGCCAGACAGGUGCCAAUCUCUCCUUCACAUGGUUAAUUUUUAUGUGACUGAAUAACAAAUAGGUAAAGGUUAAAAACACUUUUUUAACUUAAAGAAAUCCUACACAGUCCUACUCUGUGCAAACCAGGAUUUGCAUGUAGCCGGAGUUUACCAUUGCCUGGUAUAUACCCUCUUAGUAUGUUACCGGACUGCAGUAUGUCUCUCCUGAACCAGGGGAAGUUGUCGGAGGGCUGGUGCCGUGGAACAUCAUGAGGAUGUGUCCAUGCUGCCCGCAUCUCCAGCACUUCUGCCCUGACAAUUGCACGGCUUCUGAACAGCUGGGCACAGUUUCUGUGGCUGCCGGGAAUUGUGGAGAGACAAUGCAUUUAAUCAAAGGAAAUGGCUGCUGCUCAGCAGAACCUUGAGAAACCUUGUUAAGGCCAGGUCUGCCUGACUUCCUGCCGCUGGCCUCGGCUGCUCCUGCGAUGGAGCUAGCCGCACUGCCGGAUGGUCCUCAGCCAGGGUCACGGCAAUCUCAAGGCUCAAGGACCGGUGACAGCGGAUUCACUUUGCUGUCCCAGCCAGGAGCCCCUCCAUGGAUUGCUCCAGAACCACCAUGUUCAGCACGAAAACUUCUCGCGGGGAAGGGUCAGGCUGCAGCCACCUGGCCACAACAUCAUGCACCUACCUAGCUAAGGCAAAGGGCCAGUCCCCCAUCUGACAAGAGACCCAGCAAGUCUAGGAUUGCCACUGGACCGCAUCAAAUGAUGUACAUGCUGUAAUUUGGAGGCUGAGGGCUGUGGAAGAUCUGUUUCAUUUGUUAAAAAAAGAUCUAAAGUAAAGCGUAAAAAUUCAUCUUUACGUUUUCUUCCUUGAAGGCUUUAUGAGUUUUUGUACAUGUGCGUCUAUGUGUUUAAGUGUGCAAGUAAAUGAGUGAGUUUGUUUCUGCAAGCCUUUAAAGCGAAAUGUGGUGGCUGCAAUGUUGAGAAGCAAGUAUAUUAGCAUUCUGAAGUUUGCCCUGUGCUUUGAUGCAAAGUUCUUGUGUUGAGGGUAUGUUGGUGUACAUGUUAAUCAAUAUUAACAAUAAUUCAGUGUCCAAGUUCAAAUCCCUCAGGUCAGUGGCUCAGUUUUACUGGC